CAAUGAACCCGCGUCACUGACGCGCUCUCGUUAAUGGAUUCACUUCAUGUUCAACACGCGACAAAAUCCCAUCUCGGAUUCAGAAGUCCUACACUUGCAGCCAAGUCAGCUGCAAUGUCUUCUCAUUUGUCCUUGAUUUCUUAGAUUCAUUUUCACUAAGACUGUCUUCAAUGACAGCAACAACCGGACUUUUGGCAUUGCAAACAGCGCAUCUGCAAACAACGAAGUUAUGAAUGGCUGCAUUGUUGCAGUGCGACAAUGGGCCAGCGCAAGCUGCUCAGAUGCAUCCCUUCUUCAGAAAAGUGGUUCUGAACCAUAACGUUCCUGAACAACAACCGUCGUCGAACUAUCACUUGGGCCUCGAUGGCACCGCAGACAAUCCUGACAUCCAACCUCAGCGGCAGUCAAAUGCUGUUCCACACAUCAUUGUGAACGAUGCACAUGUCCCGAGUUCAGACUCCAAGCCAACAUGUGCCACAUCACCCGCUGAGACAUCGCGAAAUCUAACUUGGAGUGCCCCCGAACGAGAUGACCUGGAAGAUGAGAAUAGAAGGACCAAGCGUCGCAAGUUAUCUUCAGAAGCAAACGACCAAGACAUUCCGACUCAGAUGAGCAUGAAUUCACACCAGCGAACGUGGCACGACCAGCUUGAAGCAGCAGCAAAGCAGUCCCCAGAACAUAGAACGCGGGAGAGAAACCCUAGCGAGGGAAGAUCAAGCUCACGACCUGCCGAUCUAGACACAGGGACAAUUGAAUCACAUGCAGAAGUAGGCAGAUCGGCUGGAUGUGAUGAAGGCAAGAGCCUUACUCCGGACCCGGCAUGUAAAGGAGAAUCCGAGCUUGGAGAUAUCUCAGACUACAAGUCGUCCAUACCGUCCCUUACGAUCCAAUCACCUCCUCCAGAGCACAAGCUCGUCAAUACCACCCCAAAGAAGAAGAGCAUGAUAGGUCUCAACGCUCAAGGCAAACUCAUGCAGUCACCAAAACGAUCGCCUAGAACGAAGAAAAAGGAGGGUGACCAGCAGGAUCAUGGCACCAGCAAGCCUGUUCGUCGAUCUAAGAAGGUGGAAAUAAGAAACGGGAAGUUCGUCUCUUCACUUCGGAUCACGCUUCCUUACACAAGUACGGAAAGUGGGCAGAAGAUCGAUACUAUCUUGUCCAAGCAACCAGACAUACCCAUCCGCCCUGCGCCGCAACAUCAACCGCUGGUCGGAAAAGCUCCCAAGGACAACAAAUCAACGCAUCCUUUCUUCUUGGGCAAGCUGGCCGUCAAGACGGAUAAGGAGGCACUGGCUAAAAGUGAGAAUUCCUCUAUCGCACCAACCACAGAUGAUGAGGCAGCCACGAGUCCGAAAGCACCAAAGCCAUGGAAAGACAUCGUCUUUGCUUCCAGAAAGCCGACUUCCAACCGGACUCUGGGCCUAUUGCCUGCGAUCUGGCCACCAGCCUCUCUGCAGCAUAUUUGCACGGCGGACACUGCUCGCUCGACCUUGAUUCUACCACCACAGAUUCGCUCAGCAUCCUCAAAAUUCAAGUAUUCUGCCUUUUCCGUCAGGGAUGAUGAGGAUGUGCUGCGCAACUUUGCUCGCAAGCUCAGCUUUAGGCCCUCUCAAACUGGGUCUGUUCACCUUCCACUGCGGCGCAUGAUGAGCGGCAAAGCACUUGCUGCAAGUAUCGAUCUCGAGGCAAGCACAGCGUUCGGAAGCCCUAGUCGACUUCUAUCACUACAAGAACCACUCAAGAGACGCAUUGAAACAAGGCCUAGCCCCUUCGACAGAGGCUCGGCCGCCGGUCCUCAUAUGUGGUCGCAGGAUUAUGCUCCUACAUGCUGGCAGGAAGUCUUACAGGUACAGAGUCAAGUGCUGCAUGACUGGCUGAGCAGCCUGCAAGUGCACCAGGUACAGACUGGCCAGUCGCAGACAAGACUGAAGGUGCCGGCAGUGAAAAAGCGUCGGAAAAGAAAAUCGGAUGAAAUGGAUGACUUUCUCGUGGACUCAGAUGAGGACGUCCCAAACUCGAACCUGGGUGGGAAGAACGCGAUCUUGCUUGUGGGUCCUUCGGGUUGCGGCAAAACCGCAUCUGUCUUCGCCAUCGCACAGCAGCUGGGCUUCGAAGUGUUUGAACUUCAUCCCGGCAUGAGGCGAAGUGCCCGGGAUAUUCAAGAAAAGGUUGGCGACAUGACACAAAACCAUCAAGUACAACAGGCGGACAUGCUGAGCAGAGCAUCCAGUGUCUCUCCGGACGACGCAGAUACGCCUCCGUUGUCUACUGAGGUUUCAGAGACAAGUCGACAGUCUAUAGCAAGUUUCAUGGGUCCAGGAAAAGGUGGGAAAAAGAAAAAGUCCACCGAGACUGCUGAAAAGAAAGAGGUGAAGGCCAAGUCCCAAAAACAGUCAUUGAUCCUCCUGGAAGAGGUUGAUAUCCUUUUCGAUGAAGACAAAGGAUUCUGGACCGGCGUACAAUCGCUGAUCAGCACUUCCAAACGACCGGUUAUCAUGACAUGCAAUGAUCUAGAAUCUGUUCCUCUGGAGGAGCUCGACCUUUUCUCGGUCCUGGCCUAUACACAGCCCGAACCCGAUCUUGCUGUGGAUCACCUUCGAUGCAUCGCAGCAGCUGAAGGGCAUCUUCUCAGCAAGGAGUCUAUCGAGAAUCUUUAUGCGACGAAAAGCUACGAUCUACGCGCCUCUAUAACCGAACUCAAUUUCUGGUGUCAGAUGACUGUGGGCUCGCAUCAGGGCGGGCUUGACUGGAUGCUGCCCUACAACGAAAAGCAGAGUAUCACGGAGGAUGGGUCUAUAACUCGAAUUGUUAGUCAAGACACUUUCACGACGGGUCUUGAUCUCUUCCCUGUCGACAUGGAUGCGCCGGAACUCACUAUUGACUUUACCCGCAACUGCUUGGAGAUUCCAGCCUCGGACUGGGUCAAGGACGAGAUUCCUCUAGCAGCUCUUGGAAAUCGACUGCAAGCACUCGAUGAUAUGCUUACUUUCUCCGAAGCCAAGAGUGCCAUGGAUCUCAUCGAUGGAAGCGACACCCCAUUCGUCAGUGCCAUGCUCACAGAGCUCUACGGUGGCCAAAAUCGCCGAUCAGCGCGAGACGACGUGGUCCAGCUGCGCCUGGAGCAUCUCAAUGACAAGCACAUGACCAGGCUCGACAUCGCCGACUCCUUCGAAGCAUUGAUGGAGGAAAGCAGAAUCGGUCUACCCACGAGCCUGGGGCGAAAGGCACCUUCUCUUGACAAUGCCGCACAGUCUGUUGUGACGGACGUGGCUCCGUACAUUCGCUGCAUCGUCGAGCAUGACUUACGGCUGGAGCAGAUCAGAAAUGAGCUUGGUGGAGGUCCACACGUGAAACGCCAGCGAAAGACACGGGCGGCUCGAGCAGCUCUCGAAGGUGGAACGAAGGUCAGCACUCGCCGAGAUAAAUGGUUCCCGGAGAUUCUGAACUUCUCUGCUGUCCUGGCGACUGGUAAUGGGUGGCCACAGUUUAGAUCGGACGAGCUGAGCUCUGCAGGAGCUACUCCGUCUUCCUCAAUGGCUACGGAAGUUGACUGAGACUUGUGGAUUUACGGAACGAUUUUCGAGACGUGGGAGAAGCUUAUGACCUCAGUAUGGGACGAUUGAUGACUUUGAGCAUGAGAUCUCGCUAGCUGCACUUCUGAAGACCGACUCAUGAUGCCAUAAAAUGACAACAGCACAGAAGAUACAAUUAUUUACGUUUUGACAUAAUCCCGGC